AUGACCCCGGAGGAGAGAGACACCAGCUCCAGGAUGGACGAGAACAUCGCCUUCGGCCAACUGGGCACCACGGGGGCCCUGGAGGGCCAGGAGUUCAGGAAAACCGGGAAGCUGGUGUCCCUGAGCGAGCAGAACCUGGUGGACUGCUCCCGGCCCGAGGGAAACGAGGGCUGCAACGGGGGCCUGAUGGACCAGGCCUUCCAGUACGUCAAAGACAACCAGGGCCUGGACUCAGAGGACUCCUACCCCUACCAGGGAACGGUACGCGCCCCAGGGGUCCGUUAG